UAUUGGCGCUCAAAUGACAACACAUUUGCGCUUUUGUGUCGUUUUUGUGAUUGAAUUGGAUUUGAAUUAAACUUUUGAUUUGAUUUAACACUGAAUUGAAUCGAUAUCUGGAGGAAUGGCCGUCACUUACCCUCAGCUAAGCCACGGGGCUCUGCAGCAGAUUCUGGCCGAUCAGAAGGUCAAUCGACCCAUUCUGCAGAUCAUUGUCUACAAACAGAUGUCACAAUCGGAUCAAUUGAAGUAUAGGUUUCAGAUGAGUGAUGGCGUGGAAACGUGCAGUAAUUUCGUGAUCAUUCUUCCGGAACUGAUCCAAAGAAUAUCGAAGGGAGAGUUCGAGAAGUUCACUGUCGUUGAACUCAAGGCAUACACUUGUACUGUGAAUCCAGGAAUUGGAAGAGAGAUAAUAGUAGUGAGCGAUAUGUCUGUCGUGAUGUCGGGCGCGAAGAUUGGCAAACGUCUGGACAAACAGGAGUCGAACGGAGGCUUUCUGAGCAAUGCUGGCAACACUUCCCUUAAUGGAAAGCCGAGAGCCGAGCCGUCGAAGACAGCGUCUCCGAUGGCGGCGGCGAAGAGUGGAGUGAGUGGUCCGCAGAGCGUGUGUCCCAUCUCUGCC